AUGUCAGCUGGACGCAGCGUUGACGGGAGGGAGGUGCAGGUUCCCCUCCAGCAGGUGGCGUCCUCCCUCGUCCCGCCCCUGUCUGCGGCCCCUCCCAGCAGCACCCAAACAAGCCGUCCGGCCAAUCCCUGGCCUCCGAGCGACUCCUCGCAAGGCGCAGCAGCGGGCUUCUUGCCGUUGGAGGGCGGCUUCACAGAUCGCUUUGUGGACGUCCCCGAGGAGAAAUACCGCUGCGAGUCGUGCCGGCUGGUCUUGUGUCAGCCUAGGCAGACUGAGUGCGGACACCGAUUCUGUCAAAGCUGCAUUGCGCACAUACUCAGCCGUCCCAACCCUGUGUGUCCGGCCGACAUGGAACCACUGUUCAGCAACAAGAUCUUCCGAGACGUUUGCUGCCAUCGGGAAAUCCUGGCGCUGAAGGUGUUCUGUCGUGCUGAAAACCGUGGUUGUCAAGAGCAGAUGAGCUUGCAGCAGAUGCCGGAACACCUGAAUGUGUGCCCCUUCUUGGAGGUGCCGUGCCCGCUGGGCAAGUGCAAGGAACGCGUGAUGAGAAAGGACAUCCCCGAGCACUUGAGCUGGAAAUGCAAACACAGAGAGACCACCUGCGAUUUUUGUCUAGCCAAGAUGCCACUCGCCGACUUGCAGAAACACAAGGAGUCUGUGUGUCCGGCCUACCCGGUAUCUUGUCCGAACCUUUGCUCCUUCUCAUCGCUCCCGCGGAGCGAGCUGGCCACUCACCAACACGAGUGUCCUAAAGCUCAGGUCAACUGCCCCUUCCAGCGCUACGGAUGCACCUACAAGGGAUUGAGCCCGGAGGUCCGGCAACACGAGGCGGCAUGCGCGGCCGAGCACUUGAGGAUGAUGAUGCUGAAGAACGUGACCUUGGAGGGCAAGGUAGAAGAAGUGAAGGGAGAGUUGUCUGACAAGUGCAAAGCGCUUCCGAUGGUCACGUCGCGUCUCUGCGAGGCGGAGAAACACAACACCGAGCUGAGGGACAAGCACAGACACGUGGAGCAGAAGGUGGUCUCCAUGCAGAAGCUUAUGAGUGCUCACUCCGAGAAGCUCCUGGAGGUGGAGCUGGAGCUCCGUUCUCUCGCGUCGCUUCGGGAUGAGCUGGACAAAGUCCGCGUGUCGCUGGAGGCCGUGCGUACCCGACUGUCUUCCUUGGAGCAAGGCGGGCGCUCCGGGACGGGAACGCUCACUCUCGCCGCGUUGGAGACUCAGCAGAACCGUCAGGGUGACAUGCUGAGCGUCCAUGACAUCCGUCUGGCCGACAUGGACCUGCGCUUCCAGGUCUUGGAGACAGCCAGCUACAACGGCACACUGAUCUGGAAGAUCCGCGACUACAAGCGACGGAAACAGGAAGCGGUGGCUGCCAAGACGCUGUCGCUCUACUCACAACCCUUUUACACCGGUUACUUCGGCUACAAGAUGUGCGCACGCGUCUACCUGAACGGGGACGGCAUGGGAAAGGGCACGCACCUGUCGCUCUUCUUUGUGGUCAUGCGCGGCGAAUACGACGCCCUCCUUCCGUGGCCUUUUAAACAGAAGGUGACCCUAAUGCUGAUGGAUCAAGGUCCGGCUCGCAAGCACCUGGGUGACGCCUUCAAGCCAGACCCGAACAGCAGCAGCUUCCGCCGUCCGGCUGCAGAGAUGAACAUUGCGUCCGGGUGUCCACUCUUCGUCUCCCAAAGUGUUUUGGAGUCGGCCAGCUACAUCAAGGACGACACCAUUUUCAUCAAGGUUACCGUGGAUACGUCAGACCUUCCUGACCCGUGA